AAUUAAACAUUUUUUAAAAGUCAUUCAUGGAGCUUUUAAGAGCUUCCGGGGUGAACAGGGCAGAACGGAAGAACUCAAUAGCAACUAAAGAUGGCGGCGCAGACGCAUAAAAAUAACAAACCGGGGAAAUCUGGGGGGAAAGAAGCUCAGCCGCUGAUACUCCCCAAGACCCCGGCAGAGGAACAACGUCUGAAGCUGGAGCGGCUCAUGCGGAACCCCGACAAAGUCGCUCCUAUCCCGGAGCGGCCGAAGGAGUGGGCCCCGCGAGCGCCGCCGGAGUUCGUCCGGGACGUGAUGGGCUCCAGCGCGGGCGCAGGCAGCGGGGAGUUUCACGUCUACCGCCACCUGCGCCGGAGAGAAUACCAGCGGCAGGACUUUCUGGACAAAAUGGCAGAGAAGCAGGGCAAAGACGUCGACUACCUCGAGAAACUGGAGCAGAACCAACUGGAGGCCGAGGAGCGAACGGCAAAGCGAAGGAAGAAGCGAGAAAAGAUGAAGAUGAAGAAGCUGUUGGCAAAGAAGGCCAAGACGGAGGGGAAGGAGAAAAAAGAUGGAGACAAUGACUCUGACAGUAGUGGAGAGGAAGAACGGAAGGAGGAGAGUGGGAAAGAAGAGGAAAAAGAGGACGACGCUGAGACCCCGAGCUUCAUCAUGGGCAGGAAAUGAACAACCAUAUGAAAGUACAAUGGCAGAGGUUAGCCUGGUCUCUAUGCCCGAAGAGCAACUUAACUCUUAACCAUAAAUGGUUGAUUGAAUCAGUAGAUGGAGAAACGUAUUGACUGGAUCCGUUUUACUGUUAAAUUCAGAACUUCCUGAGUGGAGUUUAGCCAAUCACUUGAUUCGGUUUGGACACGUGAUCACACUCACAAAAAUGUUAAGCUGUUGGGUUUUGACUAAAUUGUGUCCUCAUGUUUUGUUUUAAUAAAAAAAAAAACUUUAAUUCUAUGUUUCCAUUCUAUAUUGCACUCAAGAAGUGGAUGGGGGAUUAUUAUGUGUGCUGCACACUCUUCUUCAUUCGAAAUGAGCUUUUCCUUAAGGUUGUUCAUGUCUGCGUGUCUUUGCCGCCUUGUCGAUCGGCCCCUGGUGACCUCCAUCACCCGUGGGAACAGCAAGGCUGCAGAAAGCAUCUCAGGAUGAAAAGGCGUGGCUUCCGCAGGCUUGGGAGUCCCACGUGCGAUGUUCCUUGGACAGACUUCCUGCUUCCCACGGAGGAGGCGGUCCGGCUCAGUGGCCGCCACCUUUCUUGAGGCAGGUAGAGUAAAAACCAGGCAGCCAGAUAUUGUUUGGGCCAGGGGAAGCUUUUCCUGCCAAACACUGUCCGCUGUCACAGUAAUAGUUUAAUACCCCAUCAUUACUCAGACUUUAAUUCAUACACAGCAUUUUUUUUUUAAAGGUGUAUUUGCUUCAGCGUAGAAAUGGAAGCUGCUCCACAGUUUAAACAAAGUAAGAGGUUUGUGUCGGCAUCGUUUUGUGGUGAAACUUCCUUUAACUGUGUCCUGCAUUGAGGUUUGUUUUGGUCCCAAGGGAUAAGAUUUGAGAGAGUAUUUAGAAGAUUUCUUGAUAUACUUGUGAUGUGCAGUCAUAUUCAAUAAAUCAGAAUAUAAUUACUGA